UUUGAAUGCGCUUCCAGGUUGUUACGAUAUCUGCACGUUGUGUAUUACUGCCACCAAAGAUAUAUUUCGUUGACCUAGAUCACUAAUGGUCCUAUGCUCGCUUUACCACCCUGAAUCGGUUGCCUGCGUCCUUCGGCGCAUCGAGGUAAAUAAUGUCGGAUCCGACGAACUUGGAGAGCUUGCAAGCUUUGUAUGCCGACCUUCUUGCGCUCUCCGAAGCCCGCCUCACGAGCCUUGAGCGCCUAGAGACACAGCUAGAUGCUCAUGUGAAAGACUUUCAGAAUCUGCUCGACAAGAAGGCUCGCAAUGAGCAGAGCCGCCAGACCUUGGCAACUGGGAAGCUAGAUUUCGAAGGCGAUCAAUAUUCUGUGAAUGAGGAAUUCAAACAGGGCGCAUUGAAGGUUGCAGAUGAGCUAAAUAUCGACGAACUCGAUGCUGCACGCAUCUGCCUAGAGGUUCAAGAGGAAACAGAUUCUUCCGGGCGGUCGCUCCUCACAAAUUCGAUAGUACGGUUUCAUCAACGGCGGAAACAUCUCCUGGAUUGUCUUCGUUUACUCGUUCAGCUGUCCGCGGACGUGAAUAUCAAUGAGGGCCAUCGAGCGGGGUUCCAGGACGUCGUUCAACGAAUUGUUCAGCCUCAGAAUGGAGCGUAUGCCUUCGCCCAGAAAUGCCUUGGGGCCAUGAAAGAUAUAAAAACAUGGCUACAAACACUUGCAGAAAAGUUGAGCGGAGCGUCAGUUCUAGGUCAAGGACAUCAAGAGGAGUUUUUGGAGGCAAUAGAAUAUCAGAGAGUCAGCCUUGUGAAGCAACACGAGUCUCUCGGUGUCACGAUACACUAUCUCGUCAAGGAAAAUCGUGCUCAUUCAUCAGAAUUCGAAGCUGUUCUAGACGUCUUGAAGAAAGCAGAUAAAUACGACAAUCUACUGUUACACUAUUUCCCAGCGUUAGGAAGCUUCAUCUCGCGUUUCGGUGGCCCAGAAGGAGGAGCGACAAUUACGGAGGCAAGGACUUUGCACGAGCAAGUCUUCAGGCCUUAUGAGGAAAACCCUUGGACACUACCUUAUGCUCAUGCGGCCUUUAGAGCCUGGUGGCUGGCCGAAUAUGGUGGAUGGUACGGAGAAAACUACGACGGCACUAUUCCAGAGAACCAGCUCGAAGACGAGGCCAGACAACGAUCACAACAAUACUCGGAGGCUCUGAAGGACCAAGCUUUUGAUUUCUUGCUGGCUAUUUCUGCAGAUGUCAGAGCUGUUGAUUGGCUCGACCCUGCGCGACAAGGCCUUCGUCAAUGGCUGCAAAGAAACCCGGUUCCAGCAAUUAUUCCGGAUCCAAUCCCAUUUUCUGACUUCUUCCAAAAUCUUCUGAUGGAGCAAUUGGAGACAUUCAUCGAAGCAUUCAUUACUAAUCUGCCAGAUGUCCUAAGGAGACUCAGAGUUGAUGAAGACGAGCAAAGACAAGUCAGCAAAGACCACGAACAUGACCUUGAUCUAGAAAGAUUCCUUGUCAUCAUAGCCUACGUAUUUGAAGGUAGGCCAAAGGCUGCGCUGGAAGGCUUUUGGGACGUCCCGGAUGGUGCUCUCCUGGGCUUCGUGCACUGGGCCUCAAAGCGCGCCUCGACACCUCUAGUCACUACCUUCUGUGAAAUGCUUCAAGCCAUCUCCGGAGACGAUGAAUGCGCUACAGCGGCUCAUGUUUUCUUGCUUGACGAAGGACCGCAGUCUUCGGGCAAAAUGAGACGGACCCAUUCUUUGACAUGGAACCAAAUCUUCAAAGAGCUCACUUUCUUCUCGUCCAAGAUUCGAGAUCGUCCAGCUUUGCCGCAGACUCAUGGAUAUCGGCCAGGAAACCCAAAUGCAGAUCUUGCUGAAGCAGAGCCUGAAUCAGCCAUGAUGCUAGAGUGUUACCUACGCCUCAUAACCCGUCUUUGUUCUGAAAGUGAAGCAGCCAGAACCUUCAUUGCCCAACAUCCGACAUUCAACCUCAGUGAACUCUUAUUCCAGCUCGCAAGUAGUUCUAUUCAACCCCGGCUUAGAGCAUGUGCGUUCACUGCUCUAAGAUCUCUCCUUAGCCAUAAGACGAAAGAGGCAGGAGAAUAUAUCUGGGCAGCACUAGAUGUAUGGAUCAUGGGUGGCUAUACCCCUGGAUCGGCUAUGCCAAAGUCGUCCACAUCUGUGUCAACGACCACACCCGGAACUGCAAUUGCGGCAAUUCUGCAAGGUCUUGCAACUGGAUUUGAGGAGCCCAAUGCCUUCGUUCAGCUACUUCAUGCUCUUGUAGCCCCGUAUACAGACGAUUCUGGUCUUCACGACGGGCUCCCCUUUCCUGAAACGCUAGGCAUGUCUAGCCGCCAACCUGGUAUUGAUCCGUACAUCGACUUUGCUCUGGGGCAAAUUUUCGCAGGUCAAUCGACGGAAUUGCCAGAAAUGCAAACACGAUUGCUUCAGUUAAGCUGUCUGGAACUCAUUGCGACUUGUUUAGACACAUUUAACGAAGAUCUUGUCAUUUUCGCAGACCGAUCAAAAGUUGCGGUAGACUUGGCGAUUAAGGUGUCCAGCCUGAAAAAUUAUGUCCUCCUCCAUCCAUUCUCGCGGGUCAUGGAGUGGAUGUUCAAUGAGAAAGUCAUGGCAGCAUUGUUCACCGCCGUUCAUCAAGACCCCGGGGAGGUAGCCCGUGCACCACCAGAUUCACCACAGAUCCUAUGUCUCUUACGGGGUUUACAUGUUAUCACCAAGAUCCUGGAAGUACAACCUACCUAUCUAGAUAUCAUUCGACAAGUGAUUCGAGAUCAACCUAACUACCGCCGUGUGCCAGUCUCCAAUGCCGCAUUUGGUUCAUUCGAGGAUGGCAUUCUUAAUCAUCUCGUUCUGAUCCCCGACCUUGGCCGAUACUGUGGCACUGGUCACCCUGAUCUCGUGGUGGCUUCGUUGACACUCCUCGAGAAACUCUCUGCUUCACCAAGAUUGUCCUCUGCUGCUACUGUUCGAGGUCGGCGAUCGGAUCGAAACAAAGUUCUGGCUGCCCUUGACGAUGACGCUGAAACCAUAUCCAAAAUUCUCCUGCGAGAAAUGGAAUCGGAUAUUGAUGCUAAUCAAGGACCGGAAUCUCCUGCUUUCAUAAUCAAGAUUCACAUUUUGGACUUUCUAAUUGCCUGCCUCCAAAGUAAUCCUGGUCAGCCAACAAUAGCCCACCUUCUGCUCGGCUUCCAAUGUGGUACGCGAGGUUUGAGUAUAGACGGGGCCGGCGCGUUCAGUCGCGGUGUAUCGCUUUUCCAUACCAUCCUCGACCUUGCCCUCAAUUCUCCUGUUGCUGAUGAUGCUGGGGUAUCAAAGUGGUCAGUGGCUUUGAGCUCUAAAGCUCUCCAAGCUUUAAGACAACUCUGGCAGGCACCAAUUUCUUCUGUCAUUACGAUGACGGAAAUGCAGACCCAUGACUCAUUCUUCAUGUUCUUCGUAAAAGAGCUAGUUAUUGGACCCGAUAUGCUCUGGGAUGGGUUAACCUUCAACGAUCCAGCGUUCUUGUUCUCGCCAGCAUCGUCUAGUCUUUCAACCUUCCUGUCUCGACGAGCUUCAAUGCUACACUAUCUUUCUACGGAGCUUCAUCAAGUCUCACUCAGCCACUCCCCAUCACUCAAGCAGCGUAUGUUUGAAACUUUAUUGGGCUCAACUACUGUUGAUGGUGGACAAAAGCUCGAUCACGCCACAAUCUUCGACUGGUUCGACUUCAUGGAGCCAGACUAUCCCGACAUGUUCAACGAACCAGAGGUCACCUGCUUUAGAAAUAUUGACUUUUCUGUGUGUACAGACGAUCAAGACGGCGUUUCUACCUACAACUUAUCAAAAGUUGAGGAAGUCAUCAUAUUGAGACGAGAAGAGUUGACUCAGACAAAGCGAGUCGAGAGUCUGCAGGAUCUUACCAUUGUAAAUGCCCAAGCCCAGGAGUUGCUGGAAUUUUUCGCUCAGGACAAUCAACUGGUGAUCUUGAAGUCAGCGCGUCUGAAGGUAUUGAAAGCUUGGGUUCAACUCAUGCUCGUUAUAAUCAAAUGUGGCCACUUUGAUAGUUCUGACAAAGCUUCCUUUGUCCUCAAGGCACUGCAAACCAUCCUGCCAAGACUGGAAAACAAUCUGGAAGCUAUUGCCGAAGCAGUAGAGCUUGCACAGCUUGCCCAAGCCCUUGUAUUCACUCUAGAUUUUGGAUCAGAUGCGUUCAAAAAGGAUAAUUUAGGGGACUUGGUAGGAGACAAAUUGUUCCAUCUCUUCCAGGUUUCUCUGAAGGCGAUAACCACUCUGGGUGCUCAUGCAUCACUGAAGGAGAUGUUUUAUAACAUCAACUACCGCUAUUUGUCCAGUAUGUCCGAUGUAGCCAGUCUUUCGGGCUUACACCGAAGGCAUAGUAUCCAGACUAUCAAGUCUGCUGGGGAACGAUUCAUUGAUUUGGUCUGUACGGAUGUCCAAGGUGGUGAGCCAACAUGCAGGAUCGCAGCUUUACUCGUCCUAGGCGCUCUUGUUAAGCUAGGGCACAGCGAAAAUUCCAAGUACAUCAUCGAGUCACUGGUUCGAUUGAAUAUCGUCUCGCUUCUCACGGAAUCAAUCCAGGAAAUGUCUAGCGAUCUCCGCGUGACGCGAGCGGAGGAUGUAGACUUGCAAUUGUCAUAUUGCCAUGCACGACUCGGCCUUCUUCUCGGUCUGUCACAGACCCGCCCUGGGGCCGCCGCUGUUCUCAACGCAGGCCUCUUUCACACGACCAAGCUUUCUGGCUUAUUUGCUACGGAUCCUGACCUGGGAGUUGAUAUCGAGGGGCCCAAUGCUAUGAUCAAGCAUUAUAAUCUUCUUACAGCGAUCAUGAGGAUCAUCUGUGCUGCAGUAAUGAGCCGAGGCGCACAGAACCAGCAAACUCUUGAGCAAGGCCGUAGAUUUCUCUCAGAAAACCGGUUAUCUAUCCUGGCAGUGCUCAAAAAGUCUGCGGGGCUUGGUGGUGUCCAUCAUCAGCCAGACGAAAGCAUUCAAGAGCUAGCUGACGUGUAUAUGCUUCUUAUGUCGGUGACUGGUUUUGUUGAAUUUGAGGACCAGUCAAAUCAACAGAAACAGGCAUCUAAAGGCUUUACCGUGUUCACUUGAAGUGUAGGCACAUGUUUGGAUAUCGUGUACAGUAGAAAGACAAAUCAGGGAUAGCUUUUCGGCAAAAAUCCAUGAUGGAUAGUUAUGACAUGGGACGAGAAUGAUAGGAGCUGGGACUAUCAAAUGUAUUGAGACCUUGAGAUCCAGAUACCAAUAAAACUAUUUCCGCAG